AUGUCAAGGCAACCUGGGGAAAGCUGUUACGAUUUCUGGCGCCGGCUACAACGCAUUUGUUUCCGCUGGUAUGAGGUGGAGGACGUUGGCGGUAUCUUCGAAAAUUUGCACGAUCUCUACAUGAGGGAGCAGUUGGAAAUUGGAUGCGGCGUUCGAGUGAAAUCGCUGAUGAAAGAGGCAGAUAAUGACCUGAACCAGACGUUCCCUGACUUUAUCGGGCAAAUGUCCAAUAUGGAAGAGGAGCUGACAAAUAGCCAGUGUCUGCUACUUGUUGCGGGUGAGUUGGGCGCUGGGAAGAGCAGCGUUGUGAACCUUCUCCUAGGGCACACAAUCAUGCCUACCAGUGAACUCAGAUGUACUGCCGCUAUCGUGGAGAUCUCUUACGGCGCCUCGCCAAAGGCGAUCAUCACCUGGAAAGACGACAGCUCCGGACGCUCCAUUACCCCUAUCGUGCGACAGUGCGAUUCCAGGAUUGAAGAGGGCAAUUUCCUCCGGGACUUGGAGACUUACAUUAUCAAACGUGAUGUAGACACAGAUGAGAGUCCUUUUGAGAAAAUUCAACUCUUCUGGCCGAUUGAAAUGCUCAAGGUAGGUUUCAGUUCUACAAGUGCCCAUGUUGCUGGGUCUCAGCUACACCAAAAAUGAUAUGAUUGUUUGUGGAAGUACAUUUUCUAUCUUUCUGG